UCUCUUUCAGGUGACGCGGCAGAACUUCCGCUUUCCCAUUUCCGUACACAAACGCUCUGCUGAUGACGUGUACACUCCGCCACCGUUAGCUAGCUAGCUAGCUAGCUUAGCCACCUGUCAGAAUAAAGGGGUUAUAAAUAAAGUAACGCUACAACGCAAGGGGAAACAGCGCUUCAACAAAUCACGGAAGAUGGAGACGCUUUACCAUCAGACAAACAAGCAAAUCCAGGAGGUGCAGUCUCUUAUGGGACAUCUGGAGAAGACGGAUCGUCAGUCAGUACACUUGUUAGAGAAUGAACUGCAGACUAGAAUCGACCAGAUCUUCAAUCAUUUAGAACGCCUCGAGAUCCUGGCCAGCAAGGAACCACCAAACCGCCGCCAGAAUGCCAAAUUGCGAGUGGACCAGCUUAAGUAUGAUGUCCAACACCUUCGAACCGCCCUGCAAAAUUUCCAGUACCGAAGCUACGCCAGAGAGGCCCAGGAGAGAGAGAGGGAGGAACUAAUGAGCCGUACCUUCACGACCAACGACGCAGAUACCUCCAUCCCCAUAGAUGAGACCCUACAGUUAAACUCCAACUUGCACAAUGCACACAGAGGCAUGGAUGACCUCCUUGGCAGCGGCAGUAGCAUUCUCAAUGGUCUGAGAGAUCAAAGAUCUACGCUAAAGGGGACCCAUAAGAAGAUGCUGGAUGUGGCCAACAUGCUGGGGCUGUCGAACACAGUGAUGAGACUGAUAGAAAGGCGAGCAACCCAAGAUAAGUUCAUCAUGAUUGGAGGCAUGCUGUUGACCUGCAUCUUCAUGUUCCUGGUAAUCAGAUACCUGGGCUGACCACCAUCCAUCCACAACGGCCGUUGUGAUCAGUCGUGGACCUUUCUGCAGCACAUUAUCCCUCAGGAUGUGAAAAGUGGCAGAAUUGAAUUUUUAACAUCCAAUUUAAAUAUAUUUUUAAUAAAUUGUGCCAAUAUAGUUUUUUUUUCCACCAUUUCAAUUAUUUUGAGCACCUGCAAAAUGGUAAGGUUGAAGACCUUAAUUGCAUUCAGUAUUUUAUUCCACCUGAAGCUACAAUAGAGCAUUGAACUGUAUCAUAGGUCUGCUGCUUUCCUCAGAUGACUACCACAAAUCCAUAACCUAGUCUUUUUAUCAAAACCACUUUAUCACUCUUGUGACUACCCAAAUGGCUUUUUCAAAAAUACUUAAACCGAUCUUCAUACUCGAUUUGCUCUUGCCUCCAGUGAAAAGCUAUUUGUUUUGUUCCUGAAUCUGUCAGUGUUAUUCUGCCUUGUUGGUUCUUAAAUAGAAAUGUACAAUGUUUCAUUACAUUGCAACUCAAUAAUACACCCUGAAGAAUAUUUUGUUUUAUGUUUAUCAUGUACAUAACAGCAACAUGAAUCUGUUCUGAAAGACAAUGGAAGCAGCAAUUCAUUUAUCGUUACAUUUUUUUUCAAUAUAAGCUUGGGUCUAGUCUCACUAUGUGAGUGAUUGAGUUCUAUUAAUAUAAUAAAACAUGUUUCAUUUCCUUUGUAUAUCUAUCAAAUGACUGCUGGAAUCUGCUAUUAACAGGAGCGAAGUAUAGUUGAAACUGAUGGGUGUUAACUCAGCAAUUUUUUUUUUUUACUGCUUUCACAAGUCUAUUCAAGGCAACUAGGGCACCAUCUAGUGUUGGUUGACUGUUCCCAAUGAAGUGAUGCUGGUGUUUUCAUAUUUGACUGCUGAAUGGUUAUGUUUACGUGUGAAUUUCAUUAACCCUAUAGAUUAUCGAAAAACACAUGAACUCAAGAUUUUAUUUGCUAAAACAGUAAGUUUUUAAAAAAUACAGAGUUGCUACUGUAAAACAGAUCAGUCAUUUACCAUCCCAACCCAUCUUAACCCAGCUAAUUUAGAAACAAACUUAAUAAAACAUACAUGUGACCAUCUUCCAUCCAUCUUCUCAAUCUGCUUUUUCCAAUACCAAACCUCUAGAAUGUUAAUAGGUUAAUCUACAGCAGGUUUAUUUACAAAAUUACACAAAAGCAAAACACAGCCCUUCUUUUGAAGAGCAUUUUUGUAAAAUAACUUAAAAACAGAAAAAUACAUUUAUUGCAGUAUACUACAAUCUUAUUGUUACAUGAUGCAAACGCACCAUCUUGAUGUACAGAUUUUCAGUGCAAUUUAUUCAGGUGCACCCUCACCACAGGGAACAUGAGCUUUGCCUCAGAGCAUCAGGGAUGUUAAAACCCCUACAUCACAUUUCCCCUCGCUUUGUGACAAUGUCAUACCGAUCUGGACACCAUAGCUGUAAUUUCAUAUGGUCAUCAUUGAUGAAAUUCUUCACAUUACACACUGAUAUAUGUACAAGUUACUGCAAUACAAAUUAUUUGAGAGCAAGGAUCCAAUAGAGAGCAAGUAGUCAUAAGAACAUAAACAAUAUCAGUAAAUAUGAAGUAGUCUGUCUCUGAAGGUUACAUUAGAGUUGAAGCCUUUGCCUACCACAUACUCCUCCUCCUAACAUGAUUCAGCUUAUAGCUUCAGUCAUUACGCCUCUUUGGCUGCCAACAUGAGCAAAAACUGAAAA